AUGCCGCCAUGGACGCAUCUCGAGCGCCGCAUGCCGUCACACCACGAGGAGCAUUCACAGCAGACGGUUUUCGGACUUCCCGCUUCCUCUGGGAGGCGGGUGAGACAUCGUGAUGCCGAGACAGCAGAGGUUCCACAGCCGCCGGGAAUGUCGAGAUACUCGCAGUCUCCCCCACGAAUGGACAGCAGGGAAGAAGAUGACACCUAUUCGUGGCAACGAACUACUAGAAGAGAUGCGGACCAGGCUUCUGACCGAAGCCAUUCUCCAUCGAGGGUGCCAUACUAUGAUGCCAAUGAUGGCCCCCGGGUCCACGCCUACAAGUCUGGAGACGCACAAGUCUACAUUGUUGACGAGGGACAGGCUGACAGAGGCUUUCGUCCACCGAGCCCCAUGGACGGAGAUUUGGACGCAUAUGACGAGUUCAAUUUCCUGUUUUCCAAGUCGGCCUCCAAGGACGAAGAACUGUCAGAUCUGGAAUCGCCAGCGGUGGACUCUGACUCUGCACAUAGAGAGAGUCGCGAUAUUUCGGUAGUAUCAAAUGCCAAGAGAAUUUAUUCUUCACAUUACACCGGCAGUGCGGAAACUGGAGGCGUCCAUGCAGCCAAAUUGACCGAGCUAUUCGACACAAAAGGGAAGAAAAGGUCACUGUUCAAGUGGCUCCAUAUCCACCAAGAAGUCAUGAACUUUGACGAUUUUUGGGCCGAAAUCUCGCGUCAAAUUCAUUUCCCAGAGCUCGAAAGAAGUGCCAUGGCAAAGCUCAGAGCAGAUGUGAAGAAGCACUGUAUCAAGACACGACAGAACCCCAAAGGGGCAAGGGUUGGGUAUAUGGAACCUCGCUAUCUUGAGGUCCCUCUAAAGUCCUUCACGAAGCAGCUUUCAGGCCAAGAGAAGCCAACAGGCUCUGCGAGAUGGAUCUGCCUCCCGUAUUUCUCUCUGCAAAAGUACUCGGGCUUGCUUGCAGGCUCAUCUACGUCUGUGUUUCCCUCGCAGACGCUGCUGCAGGCACAGUACUCCCGCACAACAGAACAGAGAGACAUGCUACAAGCUGUUUGUCAAGUGGCCCCAACCAAAACGAAUGACUGCUUUCAUAUUGCGCAGCUCUGGUGUAUAGUUUUAGACAACUCACUCCUCGUAACUUGCGGUACCAUGUCCGAGCUCGAUCUCCGUGGAGAGUUGGUCGACGUCAGGUCUCAGCCGUCCCCAGAGGCGGCUGGCUCUACGCCUGGAAGGAUUCUUGUCAAGUACGGAAACGCUGUUACUUGGUCCUUUCCAGCUGUGGCAUGCUCUACUUGGUUUAUGUUCUUAUCCAACUUCCACGCCUUUUGGCCAAGAAACUUGGAGUUCUCGUACAACAACCAAGCAGUGACAGCGGUAAAUUGGUCCAAAGUUUUACGACUCGCAGCUCGCCCUCAGGGAGGUGUCCUGUUGAAGAUGGAGAUAGUAUCACGGCCCUCUCCUCCGCGAACGGUUUUGAAGCCUCUAGUACCUGGUGAUGCAGGAGACGAGCAUUCAAAACCAUGCAAGAAACCACACGAAUAUUUACACGUACUUACUCUCCAGCCAGUAGAAGCCUUGAAUGAACAAUUGGGUUUGGCCGAGAAGUUUCUGACGGGCCAAGCAUCGUACGCAGAUCAGCGAGCGUACAAAAGCUGCGGGGAUGCCACGAGGGAGAGUGUGCAUGAUUUCCUGGUGAAACAAUCGACCCAGGUGGAAGAAAAAGCAAGCGACAAUAUAAGACUCAUGCAUGAGGAGAGAAUUGACAUUUUCAAUGCUGCGGAUGAUAUCCUCAGGCUGUUCUUCCCUUUGGCGUUUGAUGGACCGACGAUACACAAGUAUUGGGGAGCUGUCAAGUCUCUUCUCAAGAUACCUCAACUGGAGGGAGAGUUUACAGUCUCGUCCGUAUCUGCAAGCCAAAGUAUUACGACAGAGAUUCGGACGGCCUUGAGAGACAUGUCUCAAGAUGUCGAAAACUUCCAGAAUCUAAUGUCCUAUGCUGAUGAGAAGGAAAGGGCCACCAUCGACCUCCCCCGGCAGUUCAUCACGGCCUGGCUUCACAUUGUGUCUGGCUUGAUCAGUGCCUUUGACAGAGGAAAUGCAUGGCUUGCGCACGUGUCCAAGGCUAAAGUGCUCAUGAUGGAUGGCAUGAACCGUAUUGUCCAGGGCAUUUCGAGUCGAAACCUUCUCGACGAUUCUGCCGUGCUACCCUUGGAGGUCCUUUCACUAUUUUCACUCAACUUGCUGCAUGAUCAAGUGGGCAAAGCAGAAGACAUCAUGGAUACCUACGCGCAGUACCUGACGUUGCUGGAUGCGGAGAUUACCAGCCAGCCGUCUGACCGGUCUUAUCAACACCGAAUCGAUCUGGUCCAACAAGAAAUGACAGUCAUCAAAAGGACAGUGGCGAAGCAAAGAUAUAUUCUGGCAAGCAUCAAAUCAAACCUCCCCAUCAAAGAUGGCGGCAGAUAUCUGGCAGACGCGGCCGACGACGCUGUUUGGCGCCGCAGACGAGGCAGGGACAUGUACGAGGACGCGCCGCCUUAUUACCCUGGUCCGCUGCCGUACGACCCUAUAGUGAGACGGCGUGAUGCCGAAUACAUGAGGCUGGACGACGAAGAUGCGGCGGACCUCGAAGCCGCUUCCAGACUCUCCGCUACCGAUGAGCUCGGCUUCCGCGCCCUGUUCCUCAACGAAUGCAUCCGGCUCGUGGAGCAGCGCGAGUUCGACCUCCGCCGCCACACCGACUACGCAGACGACCUGGAGCGCGCCGUAGUGUACGGGCUAGACUGGACAAGGGACCGGCAGGAAAAUGCCAUCUACGCCUUCACAAUCGUCACCGUCGUGUUUCUCCCGCUCAGCGCCAUCUCGAGCAUCUUUGGCAUGAACACCAACGACAUCCGCGACAUGGAUUCCGGCCAGUGGCUGUACUGGGCCGUCGCCAUCCCCGUCACGCUGCUCAUCAUUGUCAUUGGCCUGUGGUGGAUGGGCGAGCUGGGCAACGUCCUCGGGUGGCUGUCUGGCAGGCAGACGGGCCGCGUCUCAAACACCAGAUAUGUCCCUGGCGUGGCGCCCCAGAGGACGGAUGCCGCGGCAUAUGUCGUCGAUCGGCCUGCGCCCACGCCGGAGGUGGACUAUCCGGAGGCACGGAUGGCGGAUGACCGUUUGCCGCGUCCGAUGGCGUACAUGGCCGAGCAGAGCGUGCCGGUCGUUCGACGCCCGAAAAGACGUCCGCAGUCGGUUAGUAUUCGAUAUUAA